AUGAUUUUUUCUUCGCCCACACUUCGCUUUCUUCUUUUCUCCUCACCCCAAACGCACAUUACACCUACACAUUACAAGAUACACAGCGCCUCAGGCUGCCUUCAAGAUGCGAUAAAUCAUCUCUUUCCCCAGAGUUCCCCUCCUGAAUCUGUCAAAAUUCAGUCUCAAGACUACAACAUUCACCCCACUCAAUCUUCUUCUCCCCGUUCAGCUCACCUUUUGGUCGACCUGAACUUCAGCACUGCUUGCAACAGCUUCAGCUCCAGUUCCCCUACAACCGCCAACAUUUCAGGCCAAGACUUCCCAGUCUUCACCACGGAUUCCCAGUCAUCAUGGCUUCCCCAACCAGCUUCCGCCCUGCCGGCACCACCCGAGCAUUCACCACAUCUGAGCCCAGCACAGAGCCCACAGCAGGACUUCGUCUUGUUCGACAACACUCCGUCUCACAACGCUAAUCGAUCUUCGGUUUCGCUGUUCAGCCAGCGUCGUCACUCGUACCAUCAUCGUCUAGAGAAAGCUGCUUCCGCUAUUCAAAACCCGGGCGUGGUUCAGCUCCUCCCGACUUUGGGACGUCUUCCAUAUUCUGUCAACGCCAAACGUGUCUCCAACAACAAUCGCUUUUACGCAUCCUCGGCUCCGUCCUCUACUGUUUCUUUGAAGCAACGGUCUUCAAGCGCUCGCCCCCCCGUCCCUCUCUUCAAUCAGAGUCUCGGUGACAUAGAUCAAUCCGCCACGAUGAUGAAUGCAGCAGAUGUCGACUUGGACGACCUUCCCAUCUAUGAUGGUGAAGUCUCCAACACUGCCUUCUCUUCGCCUGCGCUUGCCUCUUUUGACUUCAACGGCAGCAUGUCAAGCUCCGCUUCCAACUUGGGAACUGUCUCGCCCCAGGAUCUCUUGGUCCAGGAGCCUUUCAUGUCCGCCCCCAACUCGGCUGCUCUCACUGCCUUGACUUCUCCGUCGAUCUACAAUGAGUCUCCCGACUUUGACAACUAUGACGUCUCUCCCAACUUCGAGGCUGCCGACUUUGGUAACCCAAGCGACUCGUGGUACUCCCUGUUCCCUCCGGAGUCUAGCGCCCCCGAGGCCACCAACGCCGACGACUCGCCCAACCAGGGAUCCGAUUCUGAUUCAGUAGGCCAGGCUUCUGGCAACAGCAAGCGCAAGUCUAGCGGCUCGCCCUCCAGUGGCGGCCGCCAUGCUGCGGCUGCUGGCGUCAACGCGCGCAAGCGUGAUAAGCCCUUGCCUCCUAUCAUUGUUGAAGACCCCAACGACGUUAUCGCUAUGAAGCGAGCUCGCAAUACUCUAGCUGCUCGAAAGUCGCGUGAGCGCAAGGCUCUGCGUUUCGACGAGCUUGAGGAUAAGAUUGCUAAGCUCGAAGCUGAGCGCGACCACUGGAAGAACAUUGCUUUGUCUCAAUCUGGUUCCCGAUAG